AUGGAACUUUUUAUACCUUGCCCAGAGCGCCUCAAGAAAAUGAUGCUGAAAGAAGAAUUGAGGAAGGAACUACUCAUCUUACGUUGUUUGUAUCAUCCCACGAUCCAAAUCAUGUUACCUACGUUAGGUACGCUAGGAACUGAAAAAAGAAAAGAAAAGUAUGCGUUAUCACUCUUCGAGCCAAUUCUUAAUUGUGUGGGGUCCGCGAAAACUUCCGGAUAA